AUGGUCACCUGUUUUCCACAUACCAAUGACACUGCUAUCCCACGUACUGAGGGUAACGUGCGUCUUUAUAAUAAAAAUCUUCCAGCUCCAUACGCUAAUAUCAAUUCGGCAGAAUACAAAGACCGAUAUUACAAUGGCUCGUUGUAUAAAGGAAAAGAUCCUAAAAAGAUGAACUUGACACAGAUGUUGCAAGAAUGUUGUUGGCCAGGUCAAAGGAACUGUGAUUGCAUUGACAGAAUUGCACAUGAGGGUACUGUACUUGACGGGAUUUGUCACGGAAUUGAGGCUCAAAGGGAGUGCCUCAAAUUCCCUGGGCAGCUAGAUUGCUGUGAUAAGUAA